AAAUGGUUCCAAUUGGGCCCCUAGUUGGUAAGAGCGGCCCUGCCCACACACGUCAUAUAAAUAGGGAAUAUACAGUAGAUAUAGAGGAGUCAAUAGCUGGGUGUUCCCUGUCAAGCUCUGGCCAAUCCCGAGCUUCAGAGUUGCUGCUGCUGUAUCAGGCGGCGGUAGGACCCCGCGGCUCCCGUGUCCGACUCCUUUGUCCUGUCACUCGCUGGUGCCGGUACCACAUUAUUAGUCUCUUGUCUCUCGCCGCCUCAUCCUCAUGGCACUGCCCCGCCUGCUCCUCCUGCUGCUCCUCAUCUCACCCGCGACCCUCUCCUCUCUCUCCGACUCCCGCAGCUGCGCCAACACUGACCGGGAACUGCGGGACAGAGGCCUGGGAGGGACUGCGGGGGUCCGGGCCCCCAUAUCUGGUGAGCACCUGCGGAUCUGCCCCCAGGAGUACACCUGCUGCACCAGCGACACUGAGAUCCGGCUCAGUGAGGAGAGUAUGAGUGACCUGCUCAGGAUAGUCAAUGAGAGUCUUAGCUUCCCCUUGGGAGCACUUACCUCUGGGAAAAGGAACUUCCAUAAAUUUUUUCUCGCUCUCCUCGAUGCCUCGGAACACUCCCUCAAUUCCAUGUUUGUGCUCUCCUAUGGGCGUCUGUAUUCCCAGAAUGCUGCUCUCUUCAGCACCCUGUUUUCCGAACUCCGAGCAUAUUACAUGGGGGGUGGAGCCUCCAGGGUGGCUGACGCCCUCUCUGAAUUCUGGGCUGGGCUUCUGGAGCGCACACUCCGCCUCUUGCUCCCACAGUACCAGCUCAGUGCCGACUACAUGGAGUGCGCAGCGCAUAAGGCCGAGGAGCUGAGACCUUUCGGAGACUCCCCACGGCGACUGAGGCUUCAGAUCACUCGCGCAUUGGGGGCUGCAAGGACACUGGUUGAGGGGCUGGGGACUGGGAGCGAUAUUGUCAGCAGAGCCGCUAAAGCGGCACUGCCCCCCGACUGCCUCCGUGCCGUCAUGCGGAUGUGGUACUGCCCCCUGUGUCGGGGUCACGCCAACCUGCGCCCUUGCCAUGGUCUCUGUCUCAAUGUCUUGAAAGGGUGCCUUGCCCACCAGGCUGACAUGGAUGAAGACUGGAACAGUUUAAUAGAUGGACUCCAGGAAGUAGCCGAACGACUGGCGGGCUCCUUUAAUAUAGAGCUGGCUAUGGAAUCUGUUGCGGUGAAGAUAUCGGAGGCCAUAAUGUCCCUGCAGGAGGAAAGUGUACAGCUCACUGCCCAGAUAUUUCAGACAUGUGGCACCCCACCUCCAACCCGAAGCAGACGGUCCCCAGGCGAGGAUCCCAGACCGAGGUUUCGUGUCUAUAGCAAUGAUGAGAAACCCACCUCUGCGGAUGGUACCAACAUAGACAGACUGGUUUCAGAAAUUGUGGGCAAGCUCCGCCCACUGCGAAGUCUCUGGAAGCUUCUGCCUCUCUCCCUCUGUUCUGAUAAUAGAGUUUCUGCUGGACUCAGCAACCCAGAGAAGUGCUGGAAUGGGCAAAAUCGUGGAAGGUACCUCCCGCAGGUGACAGGAGAUGGGCUAGUCAACCAGAUUAAUAAUCCCGAGGUGGAACUGCAGAUCUCUCCCGCCAACCCAAGGGCACGUAGUCUGGGCCUGCAGCUCCGUGUGGCAAGAAGCAAACUGCGGGCGGCAUACAGCGGCCAAGAUAGUGACACACAGGAUGCCUAUGAUGAUGGCAGUGGUGGAUCUGGCGGUGGGGACUUGGCCACAGAUAAGCCAGUGACGAGGACCGUGGCGGGUGGGACCCAGCUGAAAGAUCGAACAGGGAAGAAUAAGAAGCAGAACAGCAGGGGAGCUGGGCGAGGAGGCAAAAGAGGCGGAAGUGGGUUCAACAGUGUCGGAGGCCCAAUCACACCCAGUGGACUUGCUCUCGCUGUGACUUUGCUGCUUGGGGCGCAGAUAAGGGCGUGACCUUGGUAUAUAGAAUGUAUGUAUACAGGAGUGUGUGUGUGUGUCUGUGUGUCUGUGUGUGUGUGUGCGUGUGCGUGUGCGUGUGUGUGUGUGUGUGCAGUCAGUGUACAACUGCCACUUGUCCUGGUUUAAAAAGGACGAGGUUACUGGGAAAUAUGUGGCAUUUAGGGAUGAUAAGAGGAGUGUGUCUUAAAAUGUCUGAAUUUUAGUAGGUAGAUACAGCAGGUUACAUGGUACCAGUCUAUAGAGGGUUAUCAAUUAAAAUCUGAAUGUUAAAAUCUUGAAAAAAUUAAGUUUUUUUCACUAGAAAACUUUAAAAAAUUUUAGAGGAAAAAUAAACUAGAAUUUUUCAAGAUUUAUUAUACCCCGAUGCUACAAAAAGCCAGAAUCAUCUCAGACCUGUUGAGGUUCUGUUUAAGUCAAUGGGAGAGGCACCUAUCUCAAUAUUUUCGUGGUCUGUGCUGGGUUUAUCCUGGAAAUCUGACUUUUUUGGGGAUUUUCAUGCAAAAACCCCAAAAAUUUGAGCAAUUUGGGAAAAAGCCUGCAAAAUCCAUCUGAUUUGUUUUUUCACAAAUUUUUAGCGAGUGUUUCUGCUAUCCGAUUACAUUGAGUUUUUUUAAGCUAAAAUUGGGCAUGGGAGUUCGUUUUUUUUUUAAUAAAAUAUGAGAUAAAUUUGGAUUUUAGUAAAUAACCCCCUUAGUGUUUAGUGUUCCCAUGAGGAGAUGGCCCUAACCCAUCAGAUGUCCCGAUAUGUCAGAUUUUUAAAUAUUAGGCUAUUUUACAGCACACUCUUUUUGCUCAAGCCACGCCCGUUAUAUCCAGAACCCACCCGCUUUCUGGCAGCUAUUGGGGUGGAGCAAAAUCUGCCCCUCUCAGGCCAGCGAUUCAGGAAUAAACGUAAGAUUGUGUGAGUGAAUGAAUGAAUGUGGGUUUGUAUAACAACGUGUGUGAUUGUUGUGUCUGUGUUUAUUGACACACUGCCAAACACUUGUUAGUGUAUUAUUAGCACAAUCUGUACUGGCGACACCACGGCUUUGUGUACCAGUACGGGCUGAAUAGGUAGUUAUUAGCACAAUGUACAGCAGGGAUUGUUGACCUUGUAGGAAUUUUAUAUGUUGUCUCACCCGGGGCGUCAAAACUGCUCCCGUGCCAUUAGCCUAAAGUGGAAUUUUUAGCAGUUUUUUUUUAAAAUAAAAUGUCCUAAAUAUCUAGAAACACUCGAGUAGCUCUUAUGAAAACGUUAAUGUUGUUGUUGUUGUACCUUUAACCAUAUGGUAGUUUCAAAUAGACCUUUAAUAUUAAAAAAAAAAAAGAAAAAAAAAAAAAGUUUUACCAAAUUGAAAUGCAGACUUGUGGGAAUAUUAGUAGAUCAGUAAUGUCAGACCUACUGCCUCUCAGCUGCAAUGAUUCAAACUGGAAGAAUGUAGGCCAGACUACAGUACUGAGCGAGCUAUGCCCAGACUAAUGAUGUGUAAGUCGAGAAAUUCUCUAACCCGCCCCCUUACAACCCUCAUUCUCCCACUAUUUAUAGACCCGCCCCACAGUGAUGUCACAAAAAGAGCGGGCACAAGUCUAGAAAUUUAGGCGCUGGAAGCCAGCAGUGCUAGGUCGUCCCGAAGAUUUUGUGCAGGACCCAACCCGUGUGUUUUGGCCUGGCCUGCACAUCACUAAUGUUCCUGGUGUGCCCCAAUGCCACCUAUUUUCUUCCACCGGGGUAUUCAUUAGUGAUGUGCAGGCCGCCCUGAAAUCAAUGGGUUUAUCCGUGGUUCCGGCCAACAUUUGCACACAGUUUGCAGGUGGAUUUGAGCUCUACCUUCCACCCUUCCCACCCAUGACCUUCCUCUGCUUCUGCAGCUUCUUUUUAUAGGCGAGAACCUGACAUUCGUGACAUCAGAGAUGGGGCAGGUCGGGCGCAAGUCUAUAAAUAGAGGAGGAGCCAAGCCGGGUCAGGUUGGGAGCAGGCGGGUUAGGGUUGGGUACUCCAGUUCUGAGCAACCUGUGGUUAGUACUGAGUAGAGGCUGCUGGUUAGUGAGACCUAAUUAACAUCCUUUAUUAUUCUCCCCCUUCCCAAGGUUUUGGUUAGUGGCAGUUGAGUGUCCAGGUUUUUUUUUGCUAAGGUUUGUUUUAUUUAGGGGUAAUGUAAAUGAAACACAGAAUGUCUUCCAUGCCACUGGGCCUUCACUUGCCCAUCCAUGAUAUAUAUAUAUGUUCAUGCAGUAUUAAAGCCCGCUGGACUCUUGCCUUGAAGAGAUUGCUCACUGACGUCAAAAAGAAAGAGAUAAACAAAGUUCUCCAGUACCACAUAACCCAUAUCGACCAAUCAGAUGCGUACGAGUAAAAGCUAACUGCUGAUUGGAUGCUGUGGUCAAUGCAAAUUGUGCUCCUAUUACUGCAUUAGGGAUUAGAAAGAGCUAGGGAAGAAGACUUGUGCAAAUAUCAACAUGGCGACCGACGCUAGCGGUGACUUGUAGUGUUAUAUUUGUGCUGCUAACACACCCGAGCUUUUCUAUUGUGUACUGGAAUUUCUAGGAGCUUCCAAUUAUCCCAUUGUUCAUCAGCCCAAAGAUUGUACCAGGUUUUCAUAGGAAAAAUUAUAUGUCGCGUCAAAAGAAUA